GUCGUUUGGAGAAGAGUCUCUUAUUUGGCGCUGCGUCUGUAACCUACCUAUAUGUUAUCACUUAGUGGCUAGUGCUUAGGUUACUCUUUGGUCAUUAAAGUUGCGUUAAUAAUCGUCUUUCAUUUAUUUCAUCAUGUCUGUGAGAGUUGAAACUGCCUCUGGGAAAAUCCGAAGUGAUGCAUCCCACAAUGGAAUAAUACAGCCUCUGUUGACUGACAUGCACCAGAUCAACAUGGCGCNGGCGUAUGCGUAUUGGAAGUCUGGCAAGCUCGGAGACGUGGCGGUGUUCGAUCUUUUCUUCCGCAAAGCUCCUUUCGGUGGCGAAUUCACGAUCUUCGCUGGCCUCGACGAAUGCAUCACAUUUCUUAAGAAUUUUAGGUACACCGCCUCAGACGUGUCAUACCUGCGCGACGUGAUGCCGGCGACGGUAGAGGACGAGUUCUUCGCGUGUCUGGCGCAGCUCACGGCCAAGGACGUCAUCGUCAGCGCCGUCGACGAGGGCAACGUCGUAUUCCCUCGGGUGCCGCUCAUGACGCUGAAAGGCCCCCUAAUCGUCAUCCAGCUGCUGGAAACAACUCUACUGAAUUUAGUGAACUACGCCAGCCUGGUGGCUACGAACGCUGCCCGGUACCGCAUGGCUGCGGGGCCCAAACUGCAGCUGCUCGAGUUCGGGCUGCGGCGCGCCCAGGGGCCCGAUGGUGGCCUCUCCGCGUCCAAGUACUCCUACAUCGGUGUAGGAUACCAGGGAACUGCCUGCAGUAGCCCGAACGCAGCUGGGCCAGGGGUGGGGCGAGGGAGCCGGUCCUCUGUAGCGACGGGAGGAGUUAGGGCGGCCAAGACCCUUUUGAUACCAGCUGUCUCGGUGACGUAUGAAGGGGACGACAAGGUAACAGUAUCUGGACCGAAGGGUAGCUUCCAUUGGGCGGUCUCCAAGAGAAGAUGGGAAAAGGGGGGUGAGAUUGCCGCAAGACACUGGUCAGGAACUGCGCACCGGUCCGGUAUCGUGAACUUCUGUGGGGUGGCACUGGCCCUACACGAGCUUGGCUAUCGGCCGGUGGGCGUCAGGAUAGAUUCUGGAGACCUCGCCUACCUCAGCACUACGGCUAGAGCGCUCUUUGCUAGAGUUGCUAAAGAGUAUAAGCUUGCAUGGUUUGAGCACCUGACCAUCGUGGCCAGCAACGACAUCAACGAAGAGACCAUCAUCAGCCUCAACGAACAGGGCCAUCAGAUCAACUCGUUUGGCAUCGGCACCCACCUCGUGACGUGCCAGCGUCAGCCUGCACUAGGGUGCGUGUUCAAGUUGGUGCAGGUCAACGGGCAGGCUAAGAUCAAACUCUCGCAGGACGUGGAGAAGGUCACGUGUCCUGGCGAGAAGAGGAUCUAUAGGCUCUACGGGGACGAUGGGCGGGCUCUGAUCGACCUCAUGCAGCUGGCGGACGAGCAGCCGCCGCGGCCCGGAGAGCGCGUGUUGUGCCGACACCCCUUCCAGGAGAGCAAGCGCGCCUACGUCAGUCCCGCCACCCUGCAGUGUCUGCAGAAGGUUUACUGGCAAGACGGGGAAGUGCAGCAGCAGAUGCCGACGCUGGAGGAGGUGAAGGAGAAGGUGAAGACGGGCUUAGCUUCGCUCAGGCAGGACCACAAGCGCAACCUCAACCCCACGCCAUAUAAGGUUGGGGUGAGCGAUAACUUGUACACCUUUAUGCACGAGCUGUGGCUGCAGAGUGCACCCAUCGGCGAGCUUUUCUGAGCCAGGG